CGAAUCCCAGGUCCGGUCUCAGGUCAGUCAUUUGUUAUGUUCGCAUCUCUACCUUGAUUCUGUCCACCAUGGAGCUUCAAGAAAUUGACGGCGCAAAGGCAGCCAAAUCACCUCUCUCGGUGGAUGAUGGUGACGACAAGAAUGUUCGCGCUAAUGGAGACCACAAGUAUCCCAGUGAUGACCACUCGCUGGAAGUAUCCGCGGCAACGGUCACUGACAGUCUCAAGGCUGGCGAGGAGGCCAACGUCAAGAAGUCAGUCUUACAGCGUAUGAUCUUGUGCUCGAGCUGAGUCUCUGUCAGUGACCUGGAAAUGACGGAGGGCGACGUGGCGGAUAUGGAAACGAAACUCAGCUGUAUGGAAUUGCCAUACGCCUAUGGGAUCGCCUCUGAGCUCUUCAAGAUGCACAAGAACGACCAAAACUUCCCCCAAGAAGCCUUGAACAUCUUAGAAGACUUUGUCACGAAUUAUGAGACCAUCGUGGCAGAUCCCGCUCCGCACACCAGACUCAUCCGAGAAGCUAAAAUGGAGUGCCUGCUUGCGACUGAGAAUUCACCAUACCUUGAGGUUCGGGCGAACACUGAGACGACAGACGACCCGAUGUUGCCGUGCUUGACCUUCCGAGUCUGGAUCAUUGGCACUGUGUUCGCAGCUGCUGGGUCAUUCAUCGACACGCUUUUCGCCUUCCGUCAACCUCCGGUAUACGUUGGAGUCAGUGUAGGACAGCUACUUGCAUACCCCGCUGGAAAGUUUCUGGAAAAGAUCACUCCCCAGGCUCAAUUCCACUUAUUCGGCUAUAACUUCAGCCUGAACCCUGGUCCUUUCAGCCGCAAGGAGCACAUGCUGAUCACUCUAAUGUGCAAUGUCAGUAUGACGUCGCCAUACACCGUCGACAUUGUCCCGGUGCAAUAUCUGCCACAAUUCUUCAAUCAGUCAUUCGCCAAGUCAAGAGGAUACCAGUUCCUCAACACCAUCGGCACCAAUUUUGUCGGGUACGGUAUGGCUGGUCUGACUCGACGUUUCCUCGUCUGGCCGUCGUUUGCCAUUUGGCCUGGCACUCUGAGUAAUCUGGCGCUGAUCAAGGCCUUCCACACCGAGAAGAACGAGCCUGUCAGAGGACCGUUCGGAGUCUGGAGGAUAUCACGAGAGCGGUUCUUCUUGAUCGCCUUCGGGGCGAUGGCGAUUUACUUCUUCUUCCCCGGUUUCAUAUGGACCUCUUUAUCAGCGUUCAGCUGGAUCACUUGGAUAGCCCCCAAUAACAUAAAAUUGGAUGCUAUAUGCGGAUUCAACGGGGGAAUGGGAUUCAAUCCCUGGCCAACUUGGGACUACAAUAUUACCUAUUCGGCGACUGGCUACGUGCCAUUGGCGAUUCCCUUGUUCACGGUGGGAAACCUUGCCAUCUCCACCAUCAUUGGAUGUCUCAUUGUCAUUGCCAUCUGGUUUCCGAACAAAUGGAACACCGCUUACCUGCCAAUCAAUGCCCCUGACACCUUUGACAACACUGGGGGCUUAUACAACGUGUCCAAGGUCUUAAACGACCAUGCAAGUCUGGACCUCGCAGCUUACCAGGAUUACUCUGAACCCUGGAUGAGCGCUGGAACCAUUGUUGCGUACAUCUUUUACUUUGUGAUGUACUCUGCCACCAUCGUCUACAUCUGCCUCUUUCAUCGACACGAGCUUGGUCGCGCUUUCCAGGGCUUCUGGAGAGCCGUUCGGAAGCCCUUCCGUAAGGGCGCGGAGGAAGACGAGGCUCUCGACGAGGAUAUUCAUUGUCGUUUGAUGCGCCAAAACUACGUCGACGUCCCUGAAUGGGUAUACGCCAUCGUUCUUCUGGUCUUUGCCGCCAUCGGUAUGAUUGGAGUAGGUAUCUAUCCUACCCAGACAUCCCCUGUCGUACUCGUGUUUGGUAUCGUCGUCACUCUGAUCACUCUGAUUCCAGUCGGUGUCAUCCAAGCUGUCACUGGCAUUCCUGUUCCCACAAAUGUGAUCGCCGAGUUUGUUGGCGGUGCCUUUGUCUCCGGCAACGCGAACGCCCUCAUGUACUACAAAACGUACGGAUAUAUCUCCUGCUACCAAGCGAUGGCCUUCAGCAACGAUCUGAAACUGGCCCACUACUCAAAACUGCCACCGUGGCACACUUUCACCGGUCAGAUGUGGGCCACCAUGGUGUACUCCAUCGUCAGCGCUAGCAUCUUCAACUUUGCCAUGUCAUUCAGAGACGUGUGCACCAAGGAUGCAGCCUUCAACUUCACCUGCCCUGGACAAGAGCAGUACUUCACAGCCGCAGUCUUCUGGGGUACUCUCUCGCCCAAGAGACUGUUCGGAAAGGGGAAACGAUACAACCUGAUGCUGCUUGGUUUCCCUGCUGGUGUUAUUCUCGUUCUUGUCUAUUGGGCACUCCGGAAGAAGUAUCCGCGAUGGGCUUUGCUUCGACAAGUCCACCCGGUCAUCUUUUGUCAAGGACCAAUCUACUAUUUGGCGCCUUAUAACGUCUCUUACAUGUUGCCUUUCCUCUACGUCACGCUCUUCUCGUUCAAAUAUAUCCGACCAAGGUAUACAGAAUUCUGGGCCAAGUACAAUUAUGUUCUUGCCUCGGCUUUCCCCACGGGUAUUGCAGUCAGCGCAGUCAUCAUCUUCUUUGCCCUUGAAAUUCCCAAGGGAGGUCUUUCGAUCGACUGGUGGGGAAACACUGUCAACAAUGCAGGUUGCGAAGGAGAAUACGGUUGUUUGUUGCUCAAGGUACCGGAGUCCGGUUACUUUGGCGCAACUCCAGGAACCAACUCAUUCACCUAGGUACAGCACAGCUGUCCGAUUCUGCCACCAAUGUAUGCAUUGAUGUGCGAAAG